AUGGCUCUGGAAGCUCCUCUACUCUCCAAACCCAGCACCCGCCUUUCACUGAACCGCCGUGUCAUCCCCACCGCCGCCGCUUCUCUUCAACUUCACAGAGAACCUCAUUCCCCAUUUUCUUUCGCGAAAGCUACUCGUCGUAUCCCAACUACCAUGUUGGCUGCUAAGGCGGGUGCUGUGACGGAGCCGGUGACGCCAGUAGACUCAACGCCGGUGAGAAUUGUGGCCCUCGUCGGCAAAGACAGCGUCAGCCCUUUAAAGGGUACGCCUUGGGAAGACGUCAUGCUCCACACUGUGAAACGAUUGAAAUGGGUGGAUGAAGGGUAUGAGAUGCUUGUAUUUACGGAUGAUAUUUGCCAAUCUAAUGAUCAAAAUGCAGUGAGUUUCGGGAUGGAAUUACAACGCGCGGAUAUUUUGGUGAUUGUUGCUGUUACCAAUCAAGAAUCUGUCGAGUGGAUUCAAACUAAUAGUGGGAAUAUUGGAAACAUAAUCUGUUUCGACUCAUCUCCCGAAUUGCAAAACAAGCUAGGAGGAUCUUAUAUUCACAGGGAAGGUAAAGGAGAUAUCUUUGGCAAAAUAUUUGACACUGACAAAUCAAAGAGAAGCAGUGAAUCAAUGGAAGUGGUACAGACUGUGUCACAGGCGUGGAAGCGGCACAAUUCUGAUGAUAUAAGGUUUUGUUUGUUGGUUAUAAUCAAUGGUUAUAUAAGGCCGGUGCCAAGCCUGCAGAAUCUAAGAUCAAAAGGUCUUUCUACUCUCAGCUGCAUGGUGAAGAACUGUGGACCUCAGAUAUUAAACUGUCUCUUGGAUCCCAACUGUAGGAAAGCUCUUCAAUGCUUGAAUGAGUGCAGUCCGGUGGAUCAAGUGUGUAACUAUCGGUGCAUUGCUUCGUAUGAGAGUCCAGUUCUAGAAGCAUUUUCUCUGUGUGUGCUGCAGAAGCACAAUUGUCUUGGGUUGGAUGCAAAGAUCCCUGACAAACCUUAUGUGCCACCCAUGGUUAACUUUCGAGGGAAGGACUUGUGCCACGAAACUGCUGAAGAUCUUUUUGUUGGUUGGUUGGGAAAUUUGGAUUGGAGUUGGCGUGUCGUGGCAGGGCAGAACCCAGCAUAUGAUCAAUUCCCUUGCCAGUACCAACUCUUCUACAGGGGCAAGGCAAAAGGUUCAUUUUGGUAUGAGCCGGUUUUUCAGGUGAAAACACUGGAGGGGAAGAUGGUUUGGAGGAGGCGGAAGUAUCGUGUGAAGAGAAACAAAGUCCCAGGGACGUUCCAAUUCAGUGUCUUGGACAAUGGGGUUGUUUCAAAUGAGUCCUGGACAAUCGUGGAUGUAGCCGAUGAUCUUAGUUGGGGUUUGUUUUACUACUGUGGUGCUGCAAGAGUUGCCGGACAAUCUUAUACUGGCGCUGUGCUUGUCAGUCCAGAUGGUGCAUACCCGAAUGAUGUGCAUAGGAGUAGAUUAGUUUCUGCUUUGGAGAACUGUGGUAUUAAAGAGUGGGAGCUGUUUACAGUUAACAAUUCUUCAUGUGCAAAUCCUCCGUUGGGGAUUCCUGAGGGUUCACGUUUGCAUUCCGUGAUAGAAGUUAAAGAUCAGAAAUCUAUGUCGGGUUUGGCAGAGGUAUGA